CUGAGAGACUUGAUUAAAAUUCUACAAUAGCAACAAUUUUGGGGGGUGAGACUAUUGUUAAAAAAAAAUCUAAAUGCAAAUAUUCAUAGUCGGUGAUGAUUUCAAAAUUCUUGGGUGGCAAUGACCCCUGCCCGCCCCUCCCUAAAUAGGGCAUACUAACCUCUGAUUUGAGUAAUGAAAGUUCCUUUUUUAUGUAAAAAAAUAAAAAUAAAAAUAAGAUCUUUUGGAAAAAAAAAAAAAAAAAGAUAACAAUAAGAAUAAAACAUAUCUACUAAGAAAAUUCCCAAACUGUACAUAUCGCUUUCCAGCGUAAUUCUCCUUCUUCUGCAUGCCUUCCAUCGCUCCAUCCCCACUCGCAAAAAUCAAUAACUAACUCCUUCCUCUCUCAACCGUUUUCCACCCUGAUGCCCUCCAACCUCAACCGUAACCCCGCCGGACCGGCACCGCCACCAGCCAUAAUCACGGUGGUGGACUACAACAUCCCCGGCGGCACCCACAAACUCUACGACAUAAACUUCGACUCCCACACCAUUAAAACCCUCGUCACCACCUCCCCUUACUUCGUCAACGCCUGGCUCUACCAAACCCUACAACUCCACUCCCACCACCACCACCUCCUCAUAGGCCUCGACAUCGAGUGGCGCCCCAACCUCCAGCCCGGCGAUAACAACCGUGUCGCCACACUCCAACUCUGCGUCGGCCACCGCUGCCUCAUCUACCAAAUCUUCCACGCUCGCUCUAUCCCGGCCUCCCUCGUGGAAUUCCUCUCCAACCCCAAUCACAUGUUCGUUGGCGUCGGUGUUCGCGACAACGCCAACAAGCUCUUCCGGGACUACCGCCUCCGCGUCGCGAACUGCGUGGACCUCUGCACCGUGGCUGCUGACUUGAUGGGUGAUCCCGCCAUGAAGAGGGUCGGGCUGAGGAGGUUGGCGCAGCGCGUGAUCGGAAGAGACGUUGAGAAGCAGAGGAAUAUCACGAUGAGCAAGUGGGAUAAACGAUGGCUCUCCAAGAAGCAGGUUAAAUAUGCUACUGUUGAUGCCUAUGUUUCCUCUGAGAUUGGACUUCGUCUCUUAUUACCCUUUUGGUUUUGAGUUUGAUUUGAUUCCUCUCUAUUAUAUGUAUGUAAGCAUGGACGAAUUGAUGAUGUGGUUUUCUGUUAGCAAUGUGAGUGUGAGUUAGUUAAAAAGUUAUAGGAAUUGUAUAAUAGAAAUUCACAAUGUACUUCUGCUUCUGCUGUGUUUCAAACUCAAUUCAACCGAGUGUUCGAAUAAGUACAUUAAUCUCAACUCAUUGGUUGAG